AUGAAGGUUGCAAACUUCACCAUAAUUUGUUCUGAUUAUGUAGGAGAAGGAAUGGCAGAGUCUGGAGGAGGGGUGAAAAGAGAUGCUGCUGACCCAGAAGUAGGUUGUAAGAAGUCACUAAUCUCUACAAGAAUUGUUGGAGGCCAACCAGCCUCUGAGGGGUCAUGGCCCUGGCAAGUGGGCCUUUCAGUAUUUAACACAACUUUUUGUGGUGGAACUCUCAUAGACAAGAAUUGGGUGCUGACAGCUGCUCAUUGCUUCGCCUGGCUCCCUGAAGGCUUUGAUGAAAUUUUUGUGGGGCUAGGUGAUCACCAACUCAUGAACCCUUCAAAUAACUCAGAGAAAUUUGCCAUCCGACAGAUUAUUCCUCAUCCUAAAUACACAGCUAAUGACACUAUGUAUGACAUUGCUUUGCUGGAGCUAAACAACACUGUGGAGUUCACCAAAUACAUCUUGCCUAUGUGUCUCCCAAAGUCUUCUGUGAAGUUCCCUGACAAUACCAGUUGCUGGGUCACUGGAUGGGGAACAACAAAAUCUAACGUGGAACUGAAGCCUCCACAAACCCUUCAAGAAGUGGAAGUGUCUAUCAUCAAUACAGAUUUAUGCAACUAUGUCUACAACCUGGUCAAUACUACAAUAUUGCCCCGUUCCCCUAUCAGGGCUGGUAUGAUCUGUGCGGGUAGCUUAAAAGGGGAUAAAGAUUCCUGCCAGGGUGAUUCUGGAGGACCUAUGGUUUGCCAAUGUGAUGGAAGUGAAAAUUGGCUCUUGGCUGGGAUUGUGAGCUGGGGGUUAGGCUGCGGCCUAGCCGGUGUGCCUGGUGUCUACACUUCAGUAGCACACUAUGCUGAUUGGAUCCAACUGCACAUACCCCACAUAAACUUUUCAGAGUGCACACGUGAAAGUAAUAGUCGCUCAGCUAUGCAGUGGGUUCUGAUUUGAAACUUGUUUGACAACACUGACCUAUAGGUAACACUCCUAUCAAUAUAAAUUCAUAAAAG